AUGCACGCCGAUCUUGUCGCGCUGAUCUCCAAGCACUGCCUGCAGAUACAAGUGAUUUUAGCACGGGUAGCGCGGGCAGCGGACUGGCAGCAGCGGCGCCACAGCGGGCAUGACAGCAGCAGCACGAGCCGUGGCGCAUCGGUGGUCGCGGCGCGCUCGUCGCGGCGAGAGCAGCAGCAGCAGACGCAGACGGCACUCCAGGAACUGGAGAUUGCCGUGCCCAAGGAGCAGCGGCCCGUGAACGAGCUGGCGCAGCUCAAGGAGGCCUGGCUCUACUCGUGGGCCACCCUGGAGCAGGGGGACUACAUCAAAAAGCUCGCUACGCUCUUCGGCUUCUUCUUCGCAGUCGUAGGGGGUCCCAUCUCCUACGUCACGUUCGACCCGGCCAAAGACCCGGCCGAGUUCGUGCUCAGCGCGGCGGUGGGGUCGCUGGUGGUGGUGUCGAUCGCGUGCAUCCGCAUCUACCUCGGCUGGAAGUACGUGGGGGACCGGCUGUUCAGCGCGGCGGUGCCGUAUGAGGAGACGGGUUGGUACGACGGGCAGCUGUUUGUGAAGCCUCCGGAGAUCCUGGGGCGCGACAGGCUGCUCGGCACUUACCAGGUCCGCCCUGUGCUGGCCAAGCUCAAGAGCACGCUGGUGGGCAGCGCUGUGCUGCUGCUGGCGGCCACCCUCCUCCUGAGUGGCCUCAUCAAGGCGCACUCUGACGAGGACGGGGUCUACGGUCGUGGCUCCAACAGGGGGCCGCGCCAGGUGACAUCAUCUGGUGUCAUCUACUCGAAGCGCGUCACGGACUUGAGCCAGCUUGCAGGGGACGACCAGCUGGCGGCCGAGGAGGCGGCGGCGAUGGCGGCGGCGAUGGGGAACGCGCCGGGUUACUGUGCGGACCGCGUGCUGCGCGCCGCCGCCGGCGGCGCCAACUGCCCCAAGUUUUUUGAUUUCAAGUAG